UUAAAAAAUGUUACACUAAGACUCCUGAUUACACCCUUACAAACAUCAGCCACACAAACCGCCUGACAAGUAACCUAUGAUCCCAUGACAGGCCUAAUCACCCCACUGACUUUCUCAACAUCAACAUCAACCUUAGCGACCUGACGUAAUACAACCUUUUAACUCUUUGAGGACGCGUCAUUUCCGGAGGAAACGUUAGUUACAAGAACUGGUUUGGGAGGUAUCUAGAAAGUGUCCUUCUGCCAGAUGGCCCACCAACGCAAUCCAUUAUACACAGUGGAUGAGGAAUAGGUGAUACUACAAAGCCUAUUGCAGCAGUACACUAUGCUGUUCUCCAGAAGCAGCCAGCAGGACCGGACUGCAUUGUGGCAGGAAUUUGUUCGUCAGAAUGGUUGGCUGUGGCAAAAUUUGUCAUACAAGAAAAAUGCUUCCCGCCAACAGGAAGACAAAUGAGCCUCCUUCUUGUGCACCACCUUCACUACCAGUUCCUGAGUGUGCUAUCUGCUUACAAACAUGUGUUCAUCCAGUCAGUUUACCUUGUAGACAUAUCUUUUGCUACUUAUGUGUCAAAGGAGCUUCUUGGCAGAGUAAACGAUGUGCACUUUGUCGUCAAGAAAUUCCCGAAGACUUUCUUGACAAACCAACAUUACUGUCACCUGAAGAACUAAAAGCAGCAAGUAGAGGCAAUGGCGAAUAUGUGUGGUAUUAUGAAGGAAGAAAUGGCUGGUGGCAGUAUGAUGAACGCACUAGCAGAGAGCUAGAAGAUGCAUUUUCAAAAGGGAAAAAGAACACAGAAAUGCUGAUAGCUGGAUUUUUAUAUGUAGCAGACUUGGAAAACAUGGUUCAGUAUAGACGAAAUGAACAUGGACGCCGCAGGAAAAUAAAACGGGACAUUAUAGAUAUCCCCAAGAAGGGUGUAGCUGGUCUCCGACUCGAUUGUGACUCUUCUGUUCCAGCAUCUACCAGGGAGCACUCUGCUGAUGGAGCAGACAGUUCAGCAGACCAAGGAGCUACAUCUGUGCAAAGUCAAAUAGCCACUUCUGUUAGACCACCAACAUCACUUGGAGGCCAGCCAUCCACUCCUGUAACUCCAAGUCCAGAUGAGAGUAGUUCCUUAGAGGGUUCUUUAUCCCAGUUGCAGAUAAAUGGUGAUGGCGCAUCUGAAGCAAACCGUGUGGGAGAGGGAGAAGAAGAUGAAUUGACAUCAUCUGGAAGGGAGCCUAAUUUAAAUGAUGCAGAAGAUGAAACGGAGUCUGAUACUAGCAGUAACAGUGAAGAUGAGAGUGACCAUUUUCCAAGUACAUCUGUAAGUCAAAGGAACAGAAAUCUCCAUCGGGCAGUGACUGGUAGACCAGCUGCAGGAGCAGAUGCACCUGGCAGCAGUGUAAAUUCAAGACUGCCUGAUGGAUGUACUGCAACAGAGGUCUGAGUUCUGUUUAUUUUUAUAAAGAUACUCUUGACUAUAAAGGUGGUGUUUAAACCAGCAUUGCACUGUGAACUGAAACUCUAAAUGUCUGGGCCUUUUCCUGAACCUGCUUAUAAAUUGACCAUCUAGUUGUUUAACUAGAGCUUCUAAAAUAUUCUGUUGAUGAGCAACUUGGCCUUUUUUUUCUUGCCAGGCAGGCAUUCAGGAUUCUGAUGAAAAUGAUCUUAAUUAUUUAACAGGCAUUUCUGACAUCCUGAUUUGUGCUAUUUUAGACUGGCAUGUUUCUGGGAUGUUGUCUUCAUAUUUAACUGUAUCCAUUGUGCUUCUUACAGUACCAUUUAACUGUGUACUUGUUGUUUGAUGGAACACUAACAUAAAAAGACAUGUCCAAUUAAGAUACUAAACCUUUCUCGAAUAUUAAGUGAAUUAGGUAUUUAAAAGAAACUAAGAUGUAUUUCGACAAGUGGUGGGAAAAGAAAAGAGUGUACCACGUAUCCCAUUACAGCAUACAGUAUGAUUGGGUGGGGGGUAUAGAAAGGUAUAUGUUGUAUUUUGUAACCCACGUAGUUUUUUCACAAUUUGAGACUUGCGUAGGUUUCGCCUAGACCCUGUAAAUCUAAAUUGAAGUUUCUUAGUCUUGUUUUAAUGUUUUAUUUCCAGGUUUGUAAUUUAAAUAAAUGUUUCAUUUUA